CCAACCAUGGCUCACUUUGUCGACUCACCCCGCCAGAACUUCUUCUCGUAUGUGCCCUGCGUGACCUUUGCCUCCAAACAGCACGGAGUAAAGGAGCCGCGGAUUGGACCGCUUAUCGAAGGACGACAGCUACAACAGCGUCUCUACUAUGGCAUAGAGGUGAUGCCCCAUACCGAUGGGAUUCCCGUCUGCCUGAACUUAAACCGCCUUCUGCCGUUUAUGCCCCUGUUCGUCAGCAUAGCCUGGUUAGCCAAGUCAUCCUGGGAUGUGGAGCCCUUAGGCCGGGUGGAUAGCCUGCAGCUAGCCAAGCAUCUAGCCUCCAAAAUACCCGUGAUGCCGCACUUGACUCUUUAUAGACUAAACGAUGAAAGAUUGGAUCAGUUCCUGGAUCUUAACUUUAGCAAUGUUUUGGCGUUAAGGGGGAGUACGAUCUAUGAAAAUCAGACAUAUGCAUAUAGCAAAACUAUUGUGGAGAGGGCAAAGGAAAAGUUCAAAGAUAAAGCAACAGUCUGUGUGGCUGGUUUUCCAGAGGGAUAUAAUAUAGCCGAAGGGGAACCUCCGGAUCUUAAGAUUCACUUGCAUUACCUGAAAGAAAAGGUGGAUGCUGGAGCGGAUUGCAUCAUCACACAGGCCUGUUACCGACCAGAGAUCAUUAUAGACUACGUGAAAAAAGUCCGGGCAGCGGGCAUUACGGUUCCCAUAAUGGUAGGAAUUGCAGCCCACGAAUCCUUCAAGAAAUACAAGACAAUAGAGAAGGAGCAAGGAGCCAGAUUACCGCCUAGAUUGCAUGAAAAACUGGCUAAGAUGGGCAAUAAGUUUGAAAAGGACGUUAGGACAGAUCCGCAUUUGAUUCGAAAUUUGUUUGUUCGCAUCAACGUAAAUAUUAUUUGUCAAAUUCUAAAGGCAGAUAUACAAGUUUAUGGAUUUCAAAUUUUUACGCUCAACAAUUUUGGAGCUACGGCAGGCCUGCUAAGGGAACUUCGGCAACAAAAACUGUUCGGAGAGCAUUCCCUGUUCGGUUUCAGCUAGUGAUUAACUGUUACCGAGAGACCGAUCCGAUCAAGAUCCAUACAAUUGCAAUCGAGAUCGCGGCACUUUUCACAACAUCGCCUGAUUGUGAUUAGUCAUCGACCGGUUUUGGCCGAUUGUCGGUCGCCCGGCAACAAGCACGCGAGUUGAAGGUUCGUCGGAUAAUUAUCAUUGGGGCCCCUAACAGCGGCCAGACCAGACCAGACCAGAAAAAGUACUGUUAGUCACCAGAGAGCCGAUGGCGAUUUUAAAUUGGAGACCGAUUGUCUAGGGACGGGACUAUAAUUUUUGUCAUACUUACUUAUAUGUUUUCUUUGAUUUUUUUAGGGAAAGAAAUGUCUCGGAGAAUACAGAAAAUAGAUUACGAAAUCUUUACUUUAAAUAUUUAAUUUGUACCGGAACAAAGGGCGCCCACGUCAAUGUCUGGAUAAUUAUUCUCAAAUUUACCUGGCUUUUAAUAAUGACACACAAAAGUAUCUUCUUUGACGUAACCGCAGAGUUUUUUUUAAGCACUAUAUACAUACGUGUCUGUCCUUUAGGUUAUCGUUCUACGUCACGGCUCAAUGGUGACGACUUCUAAAGAUCCCGCCUUUCGGGGCAACGUGUCUUGGGCUACGUGACUUCUGGAUCAUCGCGUGGCUUCUCCCUGUCCGAGUGACGAGAUUGUUCAAUGCAAUUUCAUGCACAUGAAUUGACCACGAGCUUAUUAAAAUUAAUUAAUAAUAAUAAUAGAGCAUGGCUGGGAAUACAAAACAAAAAAAAAAAAUAACGAGUGAUAUUAAUAAUGCUAAAGGUUGUAAUUUAAUGGGGUAGACAUUAAAAAAAUUAAGAAAUUAAAUACAAAAGGCAGCUUUAUUACAGAUAAUAGUCGUUAA